ACACACACACACACACACACACACACACACACACACACACGUGCCACGAGAUGCCUGCACUGCGUUGGGACUGCCAGCAAAAAGAUCAUCACCAGAUGCAGAACCUUUAUUUGGACCAGUACUUCUUUGUGAAUGCAAUUAAGAGGGGCCUUCCUCUGUGUUCGAAGAAAUGAGGAUAACUAAGGUACCUUUGGACAUUCCUACCAAAGGGAGCUGUACCCGUGUCAAGAUGCUCUGAAGAAUAAUAACUAUACCAGGAAUGUCUAGUGUUACAAAAUGACUGAAAAGAAUUCUAGUCUCUUUCAAUUUGUUAUCAUCUUGGUGGUAGUGGUGAAGAUCAAAAUCCAACUAUCUGACGAAAGUGAAUUUUUAGUUGACAAGUCAAACACAGGCCUCACCCACAUUCCCAAGGAACUCGCUCUUGAAACAACAGCCUUAGAUGUCUCACAAAACUAUAUAUCUGAGCUUCAGACUUCUGACAUCCUAUCACUGUCAAAGCUCAGGAUUUUGAUAAUUUCUCACAACAGAAUCCAGUAUCUUGAUAUCAGUGUUUUCAGAUUCAACCAGGAAUUGGAGUACUUGGAUUUGUCCCACAACAAGUUGAGGACGAUAUCUUGCCACCCUGCAGUGAACUUCAAGCACUUAGACCUUUCAUUUAAUAUGUUCGAAGCACUGCCCAUAUGCAAAGAGUUUGGCUGCAUGUCUCAGCUAAAAUUUCUGGGAUUGAGUGCUACACAGUUAGAAAAAUCUGGUGUGCAACCAAUUGCUCAUUUGAAUAUCAGUAAGAUUUUACUAGUUUUAGGAGAGACUUAUGGGGAAAAAGAAGAUCCUGAGAGUCUUCAGGACUUUAACACAGACAGUCUGCAUAUUGUUUUUCCUAUGAAAAAGGCAUUCCGUUUUAUUUUGGAUAUGUCAGUAAGCACUGCAAUAAGUUUGGAACUGUCUAAUAUCAAAUGUGUGCUGGACAGUGAGUGUUCUUAUUUCCUAAGUGCUUUGGUAAAACUUCAAAACAAUCCAAGGCUAUUGAAUCUUACCUUGAACAACAUUGAAACAACUUGGAAUUCAUUCAUUAAUAUCCUCCAAUCGGUUUGGCCAACAACCAUAGAAUAUUUUUCCAUAUCAAAUGUGAAACUACAAGAUCAACUUGACUCGAGGGAUUUUGAUUAUUCUCAUACUUCUCUGAAGGCCUUGUCGAUACACCAAGUUGUCAGUGAUGUCUUCAGUUUCCCACAAAGUAACAUCUAUAAGAUCUUUUCAAAUAUGAAUAUCCAGAACGUUACAGUGUCUGGUACCCACAUGAUCCAUAUGCUUUGCCCAUCCCAAAUUAGCCCAUUUCUGCAUUUGGAUUUUUCCAAUAAUCUCUUAACCGACAUGGUUUUUAAAGAUUGUGGAAACUUAAUUGAGUUGAAAACACUUAGUUUACAAAUGAAUCAAUUAAAAAAACUUGCAAACAUAAUUCAUAUGACUUCGGAGAUGAAGUCUCUGCAACAAUUGGAUGUUAGCCAGAAUUCUUUAAGGUAUGAAGAAGAUGAGAAGACGUGCUCUUGGACUAAAAGUUUAUUAAGUUUAAAUCUGUCUUCAAAUAUACUUACUGACUUAGUUUUCAGCUGUUUGCCUCCCAAGGUCAAGGUACUUGAUCUUCACAAUAACAGAAUUAUGAACAUCCCUAAAGAGGUCACCUAUCUGGAAGCUUUGCAGGAACUCAACGUAGCAUUCAAUUCUUUAGCUGACCUUCCUGGAUGUGGUACCUUCAGCAGCCUCUCUGUACUGAUCAUUGACCAUAAUUCUAUUGCCCACCCAUCAGCUGAUUUCUUCCAGAGCUGCCAGAAAAUGAAGUCAAUACAAGCAGGGAGCAACCCAUUCCAAUGCACAUGUGAGCUCAGAGACUUCAUCCAACAUAUAGGCCAACUACCAAGUGAAGUGGUAGAGGGCUGGCCUGAUGCUUAUAAGUGUGACUACCCAGAAAGCUAUAAGGGAACCCCACUAAAGGACUUCCAUGUGUCUCCAUUAUCCUGUAACACAGGUCUGCUGAUUGCCACCAUUGGGGUCGUGGUGCUGGUGUUAGCUGGUUCUGUGACUUUCUUCUGCCUCUACUUGGAUCUGCCCUGGUAUCUCAGGAUGGUGUGUCAGUGGGCCCAGACUCGGCACAGGACUAGGAACAUCCCCUUGGAAGAACUCCAAAGAAAUCUCCAGUUCCAUGCUUUUAUUUCAUACAGUGGGCAUGAUUCUGCCUGGGUAAAGGGUGAAUUACUCCCAAACCUAGAAAAAGAAGAUAUCCGGAUCUGUCUCCAUGAAAGAAACUUUGUUCCUGGCAAGAGCAUUGUGGAAAAUAUCAUAAAUUGCAUUGAGAAGAGCUACAAGUCCAUCUUUGUUUUGUCCCCCAACUUUGUCCAGAGUGAGUGGUGCCAUUAUGAGCUGUACUUUGCCCACCACAAUCUCUUCCAUAAAGCUUUUGAUAACUUAAUUCUGAUCUUGCUAGAACCCAUUCCACAGUACUCCAUUCCUAGCAACUACCACAAGCUCAGAACUCUUAUGGCACAAAGAACUUAUUUGGAAUGGCCCAUGGAAAAGAGCAAACAUGGACUUUUUUGGGCAAACUUAAGAGCAGCCAUUUGCAUUAAGUUGACGGCUCAAGGAAAAGAAAUAAAUCACACACAGAGCUGAAAAUAUUUCUCUUCUCAAAGUUGCUGUUUUUGGAAGUUCCAACAACGACUUUAUUUUGUAUCAACAUAAAUCUAAACAGGAAUUUAACUUCACGAUGUAGUUAAUAAUGUGUAAUUUCAAGGCCUCUGUUCAUCAUUUUUAUGUGGCAAUAAAAAUUAAUGAAAUGAUAUAAUUUCAAUUAAAUUGAUUUAAUGUUAAA